CGUCGCGUUUCCUCCCAGAACGCGGUUGUUUUGCAGAAAAUGGCGUCACGGUUUUGUUGUUCAGUCGGUGGAUGGUGAAGAGACGGCUCGGUUUCGAUUCCGUGCACCACUAGGCAGGCUUUAGAUGGCUUAUAGGAUGCAGAUGACUGUUGUUAAAUAAAUUGUUUGUGUUUUGUGGUCAUUUUCAUCAUGCGUGAGGCAGGAGAGAGCGCGCAAUGGCGCAAGGCUCUCCAGCGCCGCGCGCAACGACGAGCGAAGCGCAGCGCAGCAGUUCGUAACUCACGCAGAGACACAUUUGAGGUGGUUUAGAGAUGGAGGAAAACCCAGCCAAUGAGAAGUCUUGUCAGACAGAUGAGAUCACAGGUGAGGCUGCUGUGCCCGGGCCUGACCAUGCGAGCAAGACGCUAGUCUAUUCCACGGAACCUGGAGAUCCUCCUCUGCUACAAACACCGCUGCUAACCUCCAAAUCUGGCAUCCAGCAGAUCAUUGAAUGUUUCCGCACAGGUACUGCACAGCUGAAACACAUUCUCCUCAAAGAGGUGGACACGAUCUUUGAAUGUAAACUCUGCCGCAGUCUCUUCCGUGGCCUUCCCAAUUUGAUCAAACACAAGGAAAUUUAUUGUUUCACACGAAUGCCUGAACCUGAUGGCCUUUCUGGAGAUGGCAAGAAGAGCAUAAAAGAACUUCUUGAAGCUAUCUAUCCCAGAUCUGAUAAAGAGGAAUAUAUACUGAACCUGGAGCCCAUUGCUGGCAACCAGAACGCCGUGUACCAGUACCUGUCCAAAGAAGAUGACCUGCCACCUUCAUCUCAGAGCGCAAACCACACGACCACAGACAGCUGGAGACACUACCACUCCAACAGCCAGGAACCGUACACGGAGGAGGUCCAGUUGGAAGAAGAGGAGAACAAUUUUAUUGAUGAGGAAGAUGAGAGUGAGAACAUAGAAAAGGGAGAGGAAGAUGCAGAAAAGGGGCAUCAGGAUAGUGAAGAACCUGAGGAGCCAACAGAAGAAGCUUGUGACAAAGACCUGGCCCCCUGCAAAUGCCUCAUUUGCAACAGGACGUACAGGGUUCGAGGCCACCUUAGAAGACACCUAUGGACUGUACACAAGAUUGUAUCUUCUGGCUCCACAACCAACUCCAGUGAUUCCAUGUCCAGCUCCAAGAAAAUGCCCAACAGUAAAGUUCCAGACAAUCCCAACACUAGUCUCAGCUCUUCCUCUGACUUCCAGAGCCAGAAGAGCCCCAAGGAGGACAAGGUCUCAUCCAAGGCUCAAUUCUCCAUAGGCUUUGACUUUAAGGCACACUUCUGCAAGCUCUGCAGGCGGACCUUUAGCUCCGUGCAGAACCUAGAGAAACACAUUGAGUUGCACACGGAUAAUGGCACGGACUUCUUUGUCAAGUUUUACUGCUGUCCGCUCUGCCGCUACAAGACACGCCGCAAGAGGGACGUGUUACGCCAUCUCUCAGAGUUCCACAAGAAGAAGUCCUCCUACCUGAGCAGGAUCUCCCAGUCGCUGGAGAGCUACGCCGUCAAGAAGCCAGCGGAGGUCGUGUUGAACAAAGAAGAGGAGAAAGUUCAAGGUCGACAAGAAGAAGUGAAUGUCCACCACAACCACACUUCACCAUAUCUGACACGCAGGAACUUGCCUCCAAAAGCUCCUGGCAAAGUGGGCAAAAAGACCUUGAAGACCAACAAAAAGAAGCGCCACAACGAGGAAGUGACCCAUAACAAAAAAUUAAAGCCUAGUAGCCCAAAAGGGGGGGCUACCAAGAAAUCUCUGCACGUGUGCAACAUCUGUGGGCAGAGCUUUAAAAAGACAAGAUAUCUAGGGUUGCACAAGAGAAGCCACCUGAAAUCCGCAACCAGGAGCGCAGGUAUCAGAACAAGAUCCAAGGUCAUGCUUUGAUAUCUUCUGACAGAAAACUGGAUUUGCAGCAACUGUGGAAAGACAUACUGGACAGUGAGAGUCACAAAGAAAAUCAGAACCACUAAAAAAGUAAAAGAAACAGUGCUGUACUACAAAAAGUUAACAAAAAACUUUAAACCAUAAGUGGGAUAUGAGAAAACCUCAGAAAGAGCUUUUCCAUCAUCCAUACAGGAGAAUGUAUGUCAAUGUAACGGUACAGUGUUUUCAGCUGCACUCUAUUAACUCUAUCAACCAGAUGAGAGGAAAUACAUAUGCUUUCCAUUCACCCGCUGCCAUCAAUAAGAUUUGACAUUUCCAUCCAAAACCAAGUAGACGAUUGUUCCAGGAUCCCGUUGUAGCAGGUUUAGCCUCAGGUGGAGCUCAAGGCACACAGGCUCUUGGUGAGAGGGCAUUGAACUCCUGCAGACAGCAGCUGAACGUCUGCUAUUGACACCCGUCGGGCUCAUUGGUAUUCAGUGCAGUCGUAUGGAGUAAGAUCUGGAUGUUUUUCUUUUCUUUUACUGAGGAAACGGUGGACACCGAAGACCACUGGAACUUAAUGAACUCGGAUUCUACUUCAGUUAUUUUAAGGGAAAGGUAUCUUUUAUGUUUAUGUCACAUGCUCUGGGGAAGACAACCAGUUGUCCUUAUAUAAACUGCAGGCCAAUGCUAAAUGCUUUCUAUGAGAUCUUUUUAGUCGCCUUUCCACUGCAGUUCUUUGAUGAAUUUGUCUCCUAUCAGUUUUAGAUCCUUCUUUCAUUAUAUUUCUCUCCUCAUUUGUCUGUUAACAUUUUACAGAAAGGUUAACAGGUCUUCACAAACAUUCACUGUGCAAAACUGUAGAUCCAAGUUUCUUUUUUAGCCUUCCGGAGGCUUGACGGAUAAAAGUUGGUAGACGUUUUAUUUCUCAUUGUUAAAAUGAAUGUAUUGACCAACAAUAAACAGAGAAAUCG